AUGAGUACCGGCCAGGCGAAUCACGAAGGGACACCUCGUGAUAUGGUAAUUUUCGGCUUUGAAGAGGCCGGUAUGCAUUCCGGCCAUGGCAUACAUAUCCACGAGAUUCCCCAGAUUGAACUUGCUUUCUUUUCCUUACCAAAAGCCACUCAGUACCAUUCUCCUGAGCAGCACUUUGUCUUGCACGUGACUCGUGACCCGUGCCAAGACUCCUUCCUCUUUUUAACAUUCUUUGCAUCACACUCUUCCACCAUGUCACCUUUCCUAAGCAGCAACCUCGGCCACGAGGAUGAGCCUAGACAGACCGACACCAAGGCUGUCUUCCCUCACAUUGAUGCUGAACCUGCUGUCCUGCCCUCAUCCCUAGAUCCAUUCACCAUCACAACAUCAAAUGGUUUCAUGCCACUGCAGACACCAACAACCGAUCUGCCUGAUGCGUUCAAGCCUUUACUGGACCUGGCGGAUGAGAUGCCGAUCGUGAAGGAAGAUGGCCAGCCAGGUCUCUUGGCCAAAUACGAGCUUGGCGCAGCCAUCGACGAGAAGAAGCUUCUGCCCGACCUCACCAACGAGAUCGACAGCCUUGUCACCGCUGACGGCCAGCCUGAUUUGGUUGCAGUCACUGCUGCAUUCCGUGACUAUUCCUUCCUUGCUUCAGCCUAUCUCCUGGAGCCAUGCUGGGAGCGUUGGAGCAAAGGCUUGGAGGGUUAUGGUCUUGGUCGUGAAGUGUUGCCUGCUUGCCUUGCAGGUCCUCUUUGGAAGACCGCGAAAAUGCUCGAGAUUCCGCCCUUCAUGGCAUACGCUGCUGGCUAUGCACUGUACAACUGGCGCUUCGCAGAUCCGAGUGUUGGCUACGAUGAGUAUUACAACCUUCGUCUCAUCCGUGCCUUCGAGAAAGGCCUGGAUCCGUACUCGUCGGAGGCCGGCUUCAUCCUCACCCACGUGGACAUCGUAAGGCACACUGGAGGUCUCAUUGAGGGUGCCGUCAAGACGAUGGAUGCUGUUGCCGCGGAUGACGGCAGCGCUAAUGUUGCCGAUUCUUUGGAGGUGCUCUUAAACACUAUGCAUGAUAUCGAAGAGUCCAUGGAGAAGAUGUGGGCUCACAGCAAACCUAAGGACUAUAUCAGCUACCGGACUUUCAUCUUCGGCAUUACCAACCAAUCCAUGUUCCCUAACGGUGUCAUCUAUGGAGGCAUCAACGACAACAAGCCUCAAUACUUUCGUGGAGAAUCUGGCGCCAACGACAGCAUCAUACCACUGCUCGACCACCUCCUUGAGAUCCCAAUGCCGCAAAAUCCACUCACGGAGAUCCUCAAGGACUUCCGCAACUAUCGACCAAAGCCACACCGCGAGUUCCUAGCCUACGUCCGCGAGCGCGCAGAGCAAAUCGGCGUGAAGCAAUACUGCCGGAAGAAUCUCGACACCAAAGUCAAGUAUUUGCGUCUCCUCGAGCACGUGCGAAGCUUCCGAUGGCGACACUGGCUUUUCGCCCGCGAGUACAUCAUCCGUCGAAGCAUUCAUCCCACGGCGACAGGAGGGAGUCCUAUUGUGACGUGGCUGCCGAACCAGCUGUUUGCUGUCAUGGAGCUGAUGCGGGAGGUUUGGGAGAGCAUUACUGUGGAGGAGCGGGAUGCGCAGGGGAAGACGGUCAAUGAGAUGAUGGAGAAUGUUUAUGAUUCGUAUGACAAACUGCAGAAAGAGGUGCAGCGGUGGUGCAAGGAGAGAGAUCCGAAGGCAUCGCAGGCUGAGGCUGAGGCUCUGCGCCGACUGGAGGCGUGA